GACUAGAUGGACCUUUGAUCUGACCUAGUAUGGCUGUUCUUAUGUUCUUAAGAUGAAAAUGAUGUAGUCUAAUGGGCAAGGUUACUUGUGAUCCUUACCAUUUUGUAGUAGUGCAUUUUAAAUUCUCUGAGUGAAAUUCAGACGUCAGCAGAGGACAGGUACAAGACACAAACAUCACUUCAGUAGCGUCUAGGGUGGUGCAUAUACUUUAAACAUCACCGUGGAGUGUAGGACUUCCUAUUUAUUAUUAUUGGUCUCCCAUUCAUUCCCUUCAGCCCUACCCCCAUCACUAUUCUGAUUAUGCUACAUCACUUUGUAGUUGGUUUCUGUGCUCAUUGCAGGACUUCUCUGGCUUUGGUGUCUUCUGUAAACUUGCUCACUGUUGAAUUUACUCCAAAGAAAUAUGUGACAAGAAAGAGAAGAGGCCUCAAUCCUGAUCUACACACAAAGUUGCACUCAUGUAACAAAGUGUGAUUUUAAACACGUUUAACUAAAUUGGUGCAAAAUCCCCUGUGGGCUCUUUUGCACUGAUUUGACUGGCUUAUUGGGUUAGCUUGCAUGGGUAACUUUGCAGGUGGUAGAUAAUUGAUAUAACCAGAUUUAAAUAGAUAUAAAUAAACCUAGUUCAUAGGAAUGGUUGAACUUUUAAGUAAAAUAGUUUUAACUACUGAUUUUAAAUUGCUGCAAUUUCUGUGUAUAGACAGGUCCUCAAAACUUGCAGAGACGUACUUGGGAUUUUUUGGUUUGUUUGAUAUGGUUUUAGUUUAAUCGGACAAAAAAAGCCUUGGAAUCCCUGCUUCCUACAGCUGAUCUACAACUAGCCUGAAGUCUGACACAUAUUUCACCACUGUGACAUUAGCAUCUCCCCAGGUACUAGUGACUUCUGGACCAACCUUUAAGAAACACUAUGAAAGUUCAGUAAAGAUUAAUCAAAUUGGAAAAUGCUGGCAGAUGUUAGGUUAAUAGGCAGAUCAUCCAAUUCACUGAGAUAGACGGUAAAGACUUAAAAAUAUUCCUUGCAAAUUACUGAAUGGAUUCAUCUCCUAUGUUUAGUGGUUGUAGAUGUGGCUGUAUAUUUUUCACAGUCACUUUUCAUGAAAUACCAAUAAGGAUGAUACAGCAGCUACAGAAGAUUGGGGAAAGCAUAUUGUGGUUUUCCAUGUUUCCUUGCUGGGACAGUUUCCUAAUAGUAGCAUUGCCAGGGUUAGGCUCUGAACUUCAUAUUCAGGAAGCAAAGUUCUUUGAUAAGCUAAUACUAAAGCUUCUUUAAAAAAAGAAGGGGAGGGAGAGGUUAGUGUGUUACCCUCCUUGGAGUUGUUUAAAGAUAAGAUCACAGACUGUAGGAAUUAUGAAAUUACUCCAGCAAAGAAAAUGUAAGUUUCUUACAUGUAAGAGAGAAUGAUGACUAAGGAUACUUCAAAAAUGAAGUCAGAAUUUCAAAAUUGCACAUGCAUUUCUGGGGUCACCAAAGUUACAUAUAUGUGGACUGUAAUGUGUGUGUGUCCAUCCUGAUUUGCAUGCACAUACAGUAUAUAUGUGGGAUGAUACAAAAUAUAUAUGUAGGAUGAUACAAAAUCAGGGCAUGAAUAUGAACAUCAGAGUUUUUGGUUCUUUUUUCUGGCAUCUAUCAAUUUUGGUGAGUGUUUAAAAAAAGACAUUUUUAUAUUCAACUUUCAACCUUGUGCAGCACAGGAGCAUAUAUACUGUUUUAAGACAAUAAUGGCAUUUCAAUGUUAUGAUUAUGUUUCCUGUAUGCAAAACAAAUAGUAACAGGUUAGGUUGUGGUCAGGCAGUCUUUUCAACUAUUAAACAAUUAGAAGUGUCAACUGACCUGAUUAAAGGAAGUAUGAAUGCCAUAAAGCAAUGAGGAAGGCUGAUGCUAUCAAGUAACCUCCCAGCUGUUUGGCUUCCCUCCUCAACACAAACUGUACUCCCUCCACCCCACCUCUGUGGUCAUCUCCUCCCCUGAUCCAUCCCAACAGUCUCUGCAGCUGCAUUUCUGGAAGUUCUAAAUGGAUGCAGAAUUAUGUAAGCUGUCUACAUGUCUGGAAGUGGAGGAAUGGGAACAAUUAUGGUGUCUUGACUACAGCAAAGGAGUCCUGACUGGUGAUCUUUGUGAAGACCUGUGUGUGGCACCGAAGCUGGUGUACAAACAGUGCCUUUAUUAUGACAGAGGUAAGAAGGUCAUCCAAGCGGACUGGGAAGGUCAGCCAGUCAUCUUGAAAUCCAAAAAGGGAAUCUUCUCUAGCUACCAGCCCCUCAGAUUGCUUCAUGAAGUGGAAACACAGGAAUUGCCCGAGGCAGAACUCCUGAUGAUGGUAGCCUUGGAGGUAAAAAAUGUCCUGGGUUUGGAGCUAUCUAACAAUACCAUGGGACCUUUAUGGACUAGACAGAAAGGUAUACAUUGGAAAGCACAAGUGGCCAGCAUGUGGUCCUUACUCCAGCAGGAAGAAUAUAUCUACUUUAGUCUACUGCAGGACUUCAGCAAACACGUCCUACGGGUCAUCGGCUCCUGUGGCCACUUCUAUGCUGUGGAGUAUCUCAUAGCUGGACAUGCCUGGCAUAAAACCAUUUUUCCUUUGGAGGACACAGUUGGACCCUCCUUCACCAACACUAAAAGCAAGGUGAAGGCAAUCACUGACAUUGCACUCAGCUUCCUAGAUAUGGUGAAUCAUUUUGAUAAUGAUUUCUCUCACCGGCUUCAUCUGUGUGAUAUCAAGCCGGAGAAUUUUGCAAUCAGAAAUGAUCUCACGGUUGUCGCCAUUGAUGUAGAUAUGGCCUUUUUUGAACCUAAAAUGAGGGACAUCCUGGAACAGAAUUGCACUGGAGAUGAAGACUGUAAUUUUUUCGAUUGCUUCUCCAAGUGUGAUCUGAGAAUCAAAAAGUGUGGGGCAGAAAGGGCCAACAACAACUUGCAAGUCAUCUGUGACAAAAUAUUCCGUCACUGGUUUUCUCCAAGUCUCAGGGGACCCACAAUCUCCUUCCCGCUGCAGCUGCAAUUGCAAAAGGCUGUCCAUGAAUGUGCCAAACCAGGGCCCACGGACUUGAAACACCAGAAAACAUCUUUGAAUUCUCUGUCUGAAUUAUAUCAUUUGCUGCAAGCCAGUCAAAGAGAACUUCAAAAAGCAGAUGGUUAGCCCUGUGCAAACCACUCAUAAUGAUGACAUGUAAAAAUCACUGUCAGCAUUCUUUCUCUGUCUCUCUCUCUACCCAUCCACAUCCAAUAUAUUAAUUUUGACUGUGUACAGGUUGGGUUUUACUAUGAAAAUGAAACUCAUGAUUGUAGACACAGUGAAUGUUAUUAAUCCCCUUUGAAGGAUGAAAUUGUUUUAUGUUGUAUGAAAACUCUUCUUGCUUGUUUCUUUGUAGUUGCCCACUGACA